UCCCCACCUCUCAGCCACACUACCUGCAUACCUGCAAACGGGAAUGGGUCUCCUCGGUUGCAGCAUCCUUGUGCUUCUCCUUCUGGCUUCCGUCGGCCCUGCAAUUGCCUGUUCCGGUGGAGAAUGCAAGCUUCUUGAAGAGUGUUCCACCGACAGCGAUUGCCAGGCAGGGUUGUAUUGCUUCUCCUGCCCCUCAGGGUUCUCGGGCUCCAGGUGUGUCCGGUCUACGGUGACGGACCAAUUCAAGACUGUGAAUAACUCCCUGCCUUUCAACAAAUAUGCAUAUCUCACUACACACAACGCUUUUGCCAUUGAUGGGGAGCCAUCUCACACUGGAGUCCCGAGGAUUACCAUCACAAAUCAGGAGGACACUGUCACUCAGCAGUUGAACAACGGCGUUCGAGCGUUGAUGUUGGACACUUACGACUUUGAAGAUGACAUCUGGUUGUGCCAUUCCACCGGUGGGAAAUGCUACGAUUUCACUGCAUUUGAACCAGCCAUCGAUACCAUGAGGGAGAUCGAAGCCUUCUUGUCUGCAAAUCCAUCAGAGAUUGUCACGUUGAUCUUAGAAGACUAUGUUGAGACUCCAAAUGGAUUGCCAAAGCUUUUCAAUGAUUCAGGUCUGACGAAGUAUUGGUUCCCAGUCUCGAGCAUGCCCCAAAAUGGUCAGGACUGGCCUCUAGUAAGCGACAUGGUUGCCAGCAACCAGCGCCUAAUCGUCUUCACGUCCAUCAAAUCCAAGCAAGACGCAGAAGGGAUCGCCUAUCAGUGGAACUACAUGGUGGAAAACCAGUAUGGAGACGAUGGCAUGGAAGAAGGCAAAUGCUUCAACCGUGCUGAAUCUGCUUCUCUAAGUGACACGACCAAAUCUCUUGUGCUGGUGAACUAUUUCUCCUCGAUACCAGUGAAGCAAACAACCUGCGAAGAUAACUCCGGCCGACUCAUCAACAUGCUCAAUACAUGCUAUGGCGCAGCAAACAACCGAUGGGCCAAUUUUGUGGCUGUCGAUUUCUACAAGAGAAGUGACGGCGGAGGGUCAUUUCAAGCAACAGAUAUGCUUAAUGGGAGAUUGCUAUGUGGCUGUGAUGAUGUACACGCAUGUGUGGCUGGGUCUACUCCUGGUGCAUGCAGCAGUCCUUAACAGCAAUGGUGAUACGAAUUCAUUGUGGCAUUGGCCUCUUUGCACAGCAACCUACUGCAACAUAUAGUGGUAUUCCAUGGGAUUCAUGUUUUGUAGUUUUUGUUUAUUGUUUCCAUAUUCUGAUGAACAAUUCUACUGAAAGAAUAAUGUUCCGACACAAGUUUUCUUGGAUUGAUUGGCGAAUUU